AUGAAAAGUUUACUUAAUAGUUACAAUUAAAUUUAUAGAAAAAUAAUUACAAUAUAGGAAGAUCAAUUAUCACAAGAAAGUUGUAUUGCUUUUGGAAUGUGGUCUAAAUAUAAUCCAUUAAAUAUUCUAAGUAUAAAAGAAGGAAUUGGACAAUUUUAAAGUAAUUGCUUUUAAUUAAUCAAAAUGGAUGAUGUUGCAUCAAAUAGUUUAAAUUUUAUAUAUUCUGAUUGUUUAAACUACAAUUCAAAAUAAAUAGUAAAAUCAAUAAUGUUUAUAAGUGAACAAGAUGAAUAAUUUAACUUGUAUAAAUACUUAGAUCCUUUUUAAUAUGAAAAUGUUUGGUAUCACUUUUAGUUUAUUUCAUGGCCUCUAAAAAAAAAAGUAGAAUUGAUUAUCAUUCAAUAAGAAAACACUAUAUUGAAAGAAACUAUAGAAAACAUUUCAUUUUUCAAUGAAUAUUAAGUGUUUUUUACAUUGGGAGAGAGCUUUAAAGUAGUGGAAUCUAAACUUGAUUUGAUUCAAUAAGGAACAUUUUAUUCUUAGUUCCCUGGAUAAAUUGUUUCAUAUGAUUUAUUUAUUGAUGAAAUUCCUACUACUUUUGAUUUUUAACAGUUUGCUAUCGAAGAAUAUUAGAGUUUAGCUGAUUGUAUUUGUAAAAUCAAUGAACAAGCAUAAUUAGAAGAUUUUGAUUUAAAUGAUCUUGAUUAUAAAAUUUAUAUGUCAGAGAAUAUUAAUUGUGAUUAUUCUGCUUUAAGUGGAUGGAUUAAAGUAUAUGAUGUUAAUUAACAAUCUAAUGAAUUUACUUAUCAAAUAAUGAAAAUGAGUUCAAAUAUAGGAAAUAAUCUGUUAUUAAAUGAAAAUAUUUCAACAUUUUAAUUCUUUUAUCUCAUAUCUUCAAUUGAAACAAAAAUAAUAAUAAAAACUUAUAGUUAUAAUUUUCCUAUUUUGACAAAAGAUAAUUUGGAUAGUAUAUAUGAUAUAUAAAGAGAAUUUAUUAUAUCAAAAAAACGAUAUUAAAUAAUGGCAUUACUUUCAUUUAGAACUAUUGGAUAAGAAAUUUAAUAUUAUGAUAACUUUCUACAAUGAAAAUGGAAUUUAAAUAUAUGAAGCUGAAGAAUAGGUCAUAUAAUUUAAUAACUAAUAAUUCACUUUAAGUUAUGGGAAUAUUAUUAAAGACUCUUAAAAUUAUUUAAUUGUUACAUUAAAAUAAUUAUUUUAUAAAAAUUGUAAAGAAGACAAUAGGAUUAAAAAAUGUCAUUAUAGUUGUUUAGAUUGUGAUGGUCCAAAUAUAUCAAAUUGUUUAUCUUGUUCUGUUGAAUCAUAGAGAAUUUAUUUUUCUGAAUACUAAUAAUGUCGUUGCCCCUUAUCUUAAUUAGAUUAUGAAAAUAAAUGUAUAAAUAAUGAAGAUUUAAAUAUAAAUUUAGUUGAUUAAUAAACUGCUUAGUAAAAUUGUAAAAUGGGCUAUUUUUAAUUAGAUAGAGAAUGCAUAAGAUGGUAUAUUUUGAUUAAUACUUUUUAGUCCUUCAAUUAUUAAAGAUAAUUUAUUGACUUGUUUGGAAUGUGUUGGGAACUAGCAAUGGAAUUUAAAUUCCAUUUGUUACAAGGAUUUUUAUCUUCCUUAUUCGUUAAAAAAUCAAUAUCCUUUCAUUAGUAUAGAGAAUUAUUAUUUAUUUGAUGGAUCUGAUUUAAUAUUGUGUCUUUUUUGUGAUCUAGGCAAUUUGUUUAAUUAAUUUGACUUGUAAAAUUAGGAGAAGAUUUUUGAAAUGUUUUAAUUUUAUACUUAAGGAUUCUUGUCUUACUGUUCUAACACUAUGGAUAUUAAUAACAUAGAAACUUGCUAAAAGUGCAUUAUUUCUAACUGUGUUCUAUGCGAAAUUCAUAUUGAUUAGUAAUUUUGUUUAAGAUGUUCAACAAACUAUGAACCAAUUAAUGGAAAGUGUAUUUUUCAGGCUGUAAAGUUUUCUCAGCAAUCAUGUAAACCACCAUAUUAUGCAUCAUUUGCAUAACAGUGCAAAUUAUGUUCUCUAAUCAAUUGUAGAUUUUGUUUUGAAUACAUUUUAAAUAGUUAGAAAAUUAGUCUUUAUAAUUUAAAUUAAGAAUUAAUUGAAGAGAGAGAGGAAGAUAUUAGAAUUGGUUGUGUUUAAUGUAAUGAUGGUUAUAUUUUUGAUUUUAAUAUUGGAUAAUGUAUAUAAUAGAUUCCAAAAAUUAGAGAGUGUUUAUCUUCUUUUGUAAAAAAUUCUUAAGAAGAAUGUAUUAUUUCAACUUUGGAGAAUUUUCAAAUAACGAGAAUAAUUAAUAAAUGUGAUAAUUAUUUAAAAAAUUGUCUAUAUUGUGCAUUAGAUAGAAAUUAAGAAGUUUUUUGUAUAGAAUGCAUAGAUGGAUUUAUUUUGUAGGAUCAGUAAUGUUAUAUGAACGAGGAAAUUGGAUCAAAUUAUGAAAUUGACCUUUGGAUUCAAAAGAUUAAAGGUUAUUUCUUUGUUUUUGUAGAUAAGCAACUUAGUAAUGAUGAAGAUUACAUUAAUAAUUGUGGUAGAUCUUGCAUUAAGUGUAUUACUCAGGAUAAGUAAUAUAUUUGUGAUAAAUGCAAUACAAACUAUUUUGAUUAUUCGAUUAGAAUUCAAUAGGGUUUUUAUUGUCUUGAAUGUCCUCAACUAUGUUAAGUUUGUUAAACACGUGAAUUCUCAAAUAUAAAAGUAAUAUAAAUUGCUUAUAAAUUUAGACUGUUAACCCUUUUUUUUUUAUAGAUAUCAAUAAUGCUAUGUUGACAUAAGAAUGCAUUAUACCUAAAAUUGACCCUUUUAUUAUUUAUGACCCUUAUCUUAAAUUUGCAUCAUAUUGCCUUGAUGGUAAUUGUAAUAAUGGACUUUAAUUAAAGCAUUGGCAAAACAAUUGUUUUUUAGAUAAGUUUCCUAGAUGGUCCUUUUUAGGUGAAAAUAUAGAGUAUAUGAAUUAAAUUGGCUUAAGGUCAUUAACUUUUAGUAUCUUCUUUGAAAUAGAUACUGAAUUAUGUGUUAAUUAUCAGGAUAUGGUAGCAUAAGCAUCAAUAAAGAAGGAUGUGUUUACAUUAAGGAAUGCUAAUUUAUAAUUAAUAUCUAUUAACUAAUUUUCUUAUCUUGGGGAAAGAAGUAUGAAUUUUUAUGAUUACGAGAAUAUAUCUAUGAUUAAUACAGAAUUUAUUUUUUUAAAAUCGUUAGAAAAAUAUUUCUAUUUUGAAAAUUUAUAUAAUGCUAUAAAUUUAACAUUGAUUAAUUUUAGAAUAAAAGAUAGUGAUAUAGCAAAUGUAACAUCUUUAUUUUAUAUUUAAUAAUUAGGCUCAAUUUAAAUGUAAAAUUUUUCAAUUACUAAUUCUACUUUUAAAAAUUUCUCUCUAUUUAAUUUAGUAUUACUAAGAUUUGAUGGAGAAAUUAUUAUAGAUUCCUUAUUUAUUAGCAAUUGCACAUUUAUAGAUUCCUAAUUAUUUCUUUUUUCUUAGAGUUUAGAUAAGAUUUAAAUUAACAAUUUAAUAUUAGAUUAAUGUAAAUUCUAUAACUUUUCACUUUUUUCUUUAUUUAUAAAUUAUGCAAAAGUGUCAGCUUUUGAUAUGAAAAAUGUAAAACUAUAAAGGAAUAAUAUUUAGAAUUCCAAAUUAAUCUUUUGUUAAUAAUUAAUAACUAUAAAUUUGAUUAAUCUAUUAUUGAAAUCUAAUUAUUUAGUAAAUUCAAUAAUUUUAGGAUUUAGUUCUAGCUUGAAUGCUCAUAAUUUACAAAUUAUAGAUAAUUAAUUUAUUCAAUCUUCAAUUAUAGAAUCUCUUUAGGUUACAAAUGAUAAUCACACUCAAGUUGUUAUUGCUGAAUUAUUUAUAUUAAAAAAUGUACUUUAAUACUCUAAUCUUAUCAGCAUAUUUUAAAAUUCUUAUUCAAAUGAAUUGGAGAUUUUUAUUACAUAAGUUUAAAUUCAAUAAAAUAGUAAAUUAAUUACAACUAAUUAGUUAUGCUAAAUAUUUAAUCUCAAUAGUUAAAAGUUAAAUUUAAAUAAUUUUAUUAUUGUUGAUAAUUUCGAAAUAUUAUUGUUUUAUCUUUAUGAUAACUUGGAUAUAAAACUUAUAAAUUUAAUUUUAAAAAACUAAGCAGUUUAAUAAAAAGUAUUCCUUUCAAGUAAUUGUUUUUAAAAAUCUAAUAUCUAAAACUAAUUAUUACUAAUUAGAGGUUUUGAUAAUAUUCAAAUAGAAAAUUGUGAUAUAAUAAAUUCAUCCAGUAUUGAUGAAUCAUUAAUACAAAUAGAUACAAGCAAAUCAAAACUACUUCUUGGAUCAAUCUAUAUAAAAAAUGUAAGAUUUUAAGGAAAUUUAUUACAAUAAUUGAAUUAGAUUUAAUUUUUUUCAUUGCUUUCAAUUGUUCCUGAUAAUUAGAUUGAAAUUAUAAUAGAAAAUUUAAUAUACUAGAAUAAUUUUAUGCAUGUAUAUUAGGAAGGUUCCUUAAAAUAAUCAGCUUUAUUAUUAUAUAUUUCUUCAACUUCUAGUAAUGUAUUUGUGAAUAACUUAAAUUGCUUUUACAAUUCAAUGACGAAUUCCUCUAAUUCAUUUAUUAUUAUUAGAUCUAAUAUUUCGAAAUUUAGUAACAUAUAAAUAACAAAUCAUAAUAUCUUACCUUAUAAUAUAUGGAAAGAUUAUUAUCCAAUCAAAGUAAAUAAUGAAAAUGAUUAAGAAGAGACUAAUAACUUUAUAAUGUAGAUAUACCAUAUUAAAUCAGUUGGAGGAGUGGCAUUCAUUGAAACUAGUUUGUUUUCUUGUUCCAAUUGUUCUUUUUAAGAUAUAUUGGUAUCAGCUAGUUCUGUAUUUGAAAUUGAUACAUUAAAUGAGGGCAUAAUUAUGAUUUCAAACUUCUCAAUAAAUUCAACAAGAUUUAGUUUGAAAGAAAUUGAAAGUUCAGGAUGCUUAACAAUAAAUUCUCAAAACAGCUUAUUAAGUCUAUAAAUAUUAUCUGCAUAAUUUUUAAAUGUUAUUAAUAAAAUGUCCACAUCUAUUUUUUCAAUAACGCCUUCGUUACUUAAAAACAAUAUAAUUAUCUAAGAUAUAUAGAUACUUAAUUGUAUUUCAUUAAUAAAUUAAAUAAUUCGCAUUCAAUUUAUUAAUUAAAUAGGUGGCUAAAAUUAAAUUUCACUAAUAAAUAUCAGAAUUUUAUAAAAUUAAAAAGAAUGGGAGAAAUAUUUUUAAAUAAUUGGAUUAUUAACAUCAUCAGAGUUAUUGUAAAUUACAAGUGAAGAUAAUUCAUUAAUCUAUUUAGAAAAUUGUAAUUUUUACAUAGAGGAUUUAACUAUUGAAGGAAUGUAUAUCACUCCAUUUCUGAAGUUAAUUAAUGUACAAAGACUAAGUAUGAUUAAUUUGAAAAUUUAACAUAUUUAAAGCAUUAAAACAUAAAACCUUAUUCAAAUUAGUCAAACUAUUUAAACUAAAUCGAUUAUUUAUUUAAAGUAAAUUAAUAUUAAAAAAGGAUAUCUCUUUUAAUCAAAUUCUUAAUCAUCUUAAUAACCUAUUAAUUUUCAAAUUGAUUACUACAUACUUGGAUGUUAAAUUAUAAAUAAUUUGUUGCAAAUCGAAUAACCAAUAGACUACUUUUCACUAAAUUUAAAUUAAUUAUAAUAAUCAAAUUAUUAACAUAAUGCAAUCAUACAAAUAGUGAGUAAAAGUAAUUUAAAUUAUAUCAGAUUAGAUAUGAUAGAUAUAGAGGAUAAUAUUUAUUAAACAAGUUUAUAUGGUAUUGUUUAUUUUGAUAUUUCUUUAUUCCAAUAAUUAAAAAUCUCUAAAUUAAAUUGUAAUUAUAAUUUCGUAAAUGAGUAUGGUUGUUUACAUUUUGUAGGAAAUAAUUCAGUUGAAUCUUAAAUUUUAAUUAAAGAUUCAAAUUUCAUAAAUAAUAAUGGAACCAAAGGAGUUGCAAUUAAAGUAACUGAGAUCUCUAUAUAUAUUAAAAAUUGUAAAAUUGCCUCUAAUUUUGCAAGGACAUAAGGUGGAGGUUUAUAUAUAUAAAUAACCUCAAAUCUAUUUAGAAUAGAAAACACAUAAAUAUUAAAUAAUAAAGCAUAAGAAGGAGGAGGUAUAUAUUUUUAGAAUAAUAAUAAUUUGAAUCAAAAAAACUUCAAUAAUUCUUUUCUAUUAUUUAAUUAAGCUUCUAUAUAUGGAAAUAACCUUAUUGAAAGUCCUACACAUUUAAAACUCUUUAUAAAUUCAAAAGAAAUGCCUGAUGAAAAAUAAAUCUAAAAUAACAUAGCAACAAGUAUAUUAAAAAUUAAACCAUACACAAUAAUUGAAUAAGGAAGAAAAAUUUAGACAAAGUAGCUCAUAAUUCCAAGUAAUUAAAAAAUUGAUAUCUACCAAUUAUUUAUUACAAAGGGAUUCUUCUAUUAAUCUUAUAUUUAAAAUAUAAGUCUCUAUUUUUAAAAUAGUAAAGGAGAGUUGCUCUAUAAAUAAUUAAAUUCUACAUGCAAUGUAUCUAGUGUUAUUAUUUAAAAUAAUGGUACUGAAAUACAAGACUAAAGAUAUAAUACUACUGUAUAAUAUCAAUCUAUUAACAAUAAUUUUGAAUUAGGCAUAUUAAGUUUUAAUUUUGAUCCAUAUCAAUCAGAAUAUGAUUACAUAAAAAUUCUAUCUUAGUGUAAAACUUAAUAUUCAUAAUAAUAAAAAAUAUUUAAUUAUAUUAUGAAUGCCAAGAGUUUUAAAUGUUAAUUAGGAGAAUUUUAUGUUGAUAAUGGAUGUUAAAUUUGUGUUUGGAGUUAAGGAUUUUAUAGUGUGACAUAUAAUUCAAUUAAAUGUUCUAUCUAUGAUAAAAUAAAAUUCAAGAAUAUAACAUCUAAUAUGAUUAAUUUAUAUGAGGGUUAUUGGAGACCUAACUAUCUAUCAGAUUAUACAGAAUCUUGUUAUAAAAGUCCAGAAUAUUGUUAAGGAGGAUGGGAAGUAGGAGAUAGCAUUUGUAGCAUGGGACGUAAAGGAGCACUUUGUGAAAUGUGUGAUAUAUUUAAUGUGAGAGGAGAAGGAAGCUUUUUUAAAAAUCAGUAAGAUUUGACCUGUUUAUCAUGUUCAUAGAAUGAUAACAUUAUUCUUCCGUUUUCAUUUGCGUUAUUUCAGUAUUUAUUAAUUUUAACUUAUAGGGCUUUAUUGUCAAUUUUUUUAUCCUUGAAAAGUAUUAGGAGAUCAAAUUAAUUAUUUACUUAAUUAAGAAUAUUUGAAAAGUUUAGUAAAAUUAUAUUUAAAUUAAAUUAAGGUAAUUGUUAUUAUUAUAAUUUAUGACUAGAUCAUGAAGGAAUUUUAUUAAAAAUGUUACUAAAUUAUUUAUGGAUAUUCUCAGUUAUUUUUACAUUCAAUAUUAAUUUUUCCUUCUCUUUUACAUUUAUUGAAUAAUCUAGUAAUAGUUUUUACUUUAUGGUAAAUAAUUUAGAUUGUUAUUUUUCAAAUCUUGAUAUAGAAAUGAUUUAUGUCAAGAUAAUCUUUAUUUAAAUAUUGAUGUUACUACAAUUUAAACUGAUAUUAGCCUUAUCUUUUGUAUAUCAUAACAUAAUUAAUAGUUAAAUGGAUAAUAGUCUAUUAUCAAAUACAUUACUUUGUUUAUAUGUUUUUAAUUAUGGAGGAUUGAUCAAGAUGUAUAAUGUUAUUGUUUAAUUAGGUUCUGUUCCGCAUUAUCUUCAAGAUAAAUAUCAAACAUUAAUUAUAUUUAAGGAGAUGUAUCUUUAUUAUAUGAUACACAGAUUCAUUAAUAAUGGGUUUAUUUUAUAAUUGUUCCAUUAUUAUUAAUUUAUGGUUGUAUUAUUCCAUUUUCAUUAUUUUUAAUAACUUAUUUAAAGAGGGAUAUCCUUUAUCUUAUUAAAUUAAGAAAACAUAUAUGUUAUUUAUUUAACGAAUACAAUGACAAUAAUUACUAUUGGGAACAAAUUAAAUUGUUGUAAAAAGCUAUUAUUAUAUUAAUCACAACUUAUUUUGAAAAUAAUAUACUAUUAAAGACAUCAUUAUUAGGACUUUGUUUGCUUUCUUAUUAGACAAUUGCUGCUAAAAAUAAGCCAUAUAUUAUAUCAAAAUUGAAUAAUUUAGAUUUAUAAUCAGGAUAAAUUUGUUCAAUUACAAUAUUUCUGGCAGCUACAAAAUAUGAAAGUUAAAAUUCAAAUAAUAAUACAAUAUCUACAUUUUUAUCAAUAGUUUUACUUAUUUUAAUGAUAAAACUGUGCUAUCCAUUUAUUUAUAAUAUAUUUACUGUUUAUUACAAAAAAUAUAGCUAUUUCAUUUUGUCAAAGAUUUAUUCGUUAUCUAAACAUAUGUCAAUUAAUUCUUAAUUUAUUUAACGCUUCGGAGAUUAUCUAGCUCGAGAAAAUGAAAGAUAAAUCAAAUUGAAAAAGAAUUUCACUAAACUUAAAGAAUACAUUCUUCCUAAAUAUAAAAAUCAAAAUAAAUUUUUUAAGUUUAAAUUUUAUUAAUUAUUUUAGAUUGCUUUCUAAGAAGGGUCAUCUUAAAUCAAAUACAAAUAGUGGAUCAUAUCUGAUUAAAGGAACGAAUGAUUGA